GGAGAUGAAUUUGAUGUGACGUCACUCAUCUACUGAGACGCAGACGCUGAAAUCAAUCACCGCCAGCUUGAGUUUAACCCCGCCAUUCAUUUUUAUACUGAGACAAGCAGCGUUUCAUUUCAGGAACAAGCUCGAUUCAUACGUUUCACAAUGCCGCCUAAACAUCGGUGAUCGCCACGCAGGUUGGGGGUUAGCAGCAGUGGCCUAGCGAAAUUAGUUGGUCGUUGACAUUUCAGUUAAACCUGAGUAACGUAAUUUUUAAUCAUUUGACUUCGCUUCCACGUCGAACAUCAGCGUUGAUCAUGUGAUAUCUCUCUGGAAUCUGAUUGGACGCCUUUAUAACCGUUUUCGCCCUUCCUUGGCGUAGGCUGCCCCAGUGGCCUAAUGGAUAAGGCACUGGCCUCCUAAGCCAGGGAUUGUGGGUUCGAGUCCCAUCUGGGGUGGAGGUAUUUGUUUUACUUCGGCUUCUGUCGGUGUCCAGUGGGUGUGAGUCGCGUCGUAUAAACGUAGUUUUACGUUAUCUCGUCUUUAUUCGUUAGGAUCGCGUUGGCAGUGAGUCUUGUUGUUUUGUCAAAAGGAAGCUCUUUGCUGACUGGUUUCCCAGUUCGUUUUCAGUUUCUGUGCUGCAUGUGACUGGACAUCGAAACUUACACGAUGAACAACAGCAUUUGUGUUUUAAUUAUCGCUUGUUUUGCUGCAACAGCGAGAAGCGGCAAGCUGCUGAAGGCCACGGUGUACUGGGAUUCGACCCAAAAGACCGUUCUGCUGAAGGAAGGUGUCCUGGACCCGCAGGGCGACGCGUACGGUUAUUAUAAUGACACGCUGUCUUCGACGGGAUGGGGCGUGCUGGAGAUCCGCGCCGGAUACGGACACACGGCGGAGCCGGACACCAUCACCAUGUUCACGGCGGGAUAUCUGGAGGGUUUCCUCACUGCGCCGCAGAUUUUCGAUCAUUACGCCAACAUGUACCCGCAGGUGAUCCAGAAUCCCAAAGUGCUGGCGCCCGUGAAGCGCUUCAUGGGUAAGCAGGACGACUGGACUCGGGAUCAAGUGAAGCGUAACACCAGCGAUCCUCUGUGGAUCCACACGGGUCUGAUUCUGGCACAGCUGGACGGACUGCAGGCCGGAGUGACCUACUGGGCCAAACAACACGGGAGGACGCCUCUGUCCCAGUUUGCCAUUCAGUUCCUGAAUGUCCUUGGUGAUCUUCUGGAUCUGAUCCCGGCACUGUUUCCCAGCGGGACGCCCGGCUUUAACCGGUAUAAAGCUCCUCCAAUGGGACACUGCUCUGCGCUUAUAAAGAUGUUGCCCGGUUAUGAGAACUUGUUGUUGGCUCACUCCACCUGGUACACGUACGCCGCCACCAUGCGCAUCUACAAACACUGGGACUUCAGACUGAGAGAGCCACAUACAGCCACCGGAAGACUCUCCUUCAGCAGCUACCCUGGGUGUCUGGAGUCUCUGGAUGAUUUCUAUCUGCUGGGCAGCGGUUUAAUGAUGACCCAGACCACUAACAAUGUCUUCAACACCUCGCUGUACUCCUACGUCACUCCUGCCAGCCUGUUCUCCUGGCAGAGGGUUCGACUGGCACACGCGCUGGCAAAGACUGGAGAGCAGUGGGGCAAAACCUUCUCCAGAUACAACUCUGGGACCUAUAAUAACCAGUACAUGGUUGUGGACAUGAGUAAAGUGAAUCUGGGCAGCAGUCUGGAGGACGGAGCGCUGACUGUGGUGGAGCAGAUCCCAGGACUGGUGGAGUAUUCAGACCAGACGCAGACGCUGCGCAGAGGUUACUGGCCGUCGUACAACGUGCCGUUCCACCGUAAGGUCUACGAUCUGAGCGGAUACCAGCAGAUGUGGAAGGAGCACGGCGAGGAUUUCUCCUACGACCUUUGCCCUCGAGCCAAGAUCUUCCGUCGUGACCAGUCGUCCGUCAUCGACCUGAGCUCCCUCAAACACAUGCUGAGAUACAACGGUUAUAAGAGCGACCCGUACUCGAAGGGCGACCCGUGUAACUCCAUCUGCUGUCGAAACGACCUGCAGGGGCAUGGAGCCAGUCCUGACGGAUGUUACGACACUAAGGUCACAGAUCUGCUCAUGGCUCAGAAGUUAGUGGCAGAAGCGCUGAGCGGCCCGACCACAGACGGAGGGCUUCCUCUCUUCUCCUGGGAGUCGUUCAACAGCACGUCCCAUCAGGGCCUUCCUCCCAAAUACAACUUCAGCUUCAUCCUGAUGCAGCCGCAGCUCUGAGGACCACAACAUUUCACUUCUGGCCUGCUUCUGACCUCUAUAGGUCCAGCACUUAUAAUCACUCUGAAGCCUUCAGUCUGUCCAUGUAGCUUUUACUUUGAGCCGUAAUAUCCAAAUCAAUCUUUUCAGUGAUAGAUUGAGUAAAUCGUAAUGCUUUAGUGCUCGUUUCCACCAUACAAGAAAAACCAACCACCAUGCCUUGGUAAAUCAUGAAUAAAUGACAUAAAAACUUGAAAUUAUGAUAUAUGCAAGUCAAAAUUAUAAGGUCAAAUGUCAAAAUCAUGACGUACUAGGUCAAAAUUAACAUACAAAGAUAUGUUAACGAUAUAUGUAUGAGGUAAAAGUUGAAUUUAUAACACAUGAAUUUGAAAUUGACACAUAAUUACUUGGUUAAAAUGUGAAAUUACGGGACACUUAGUUGAAAUUGACAAUCUAAGUCAUAACAACGAGGUAAAAUGUCAAAAUAAUGAAUAAAAAUUAACAUAAGUCAUUAUUUUAAAGUAAAAUGUUGAGAUUAUGAUGUACAAAGUUGAAAAGUUGACAUACAAGGUUGAAAUUGACAUACUAAGUUACAAUUAUGAUGUAAAAUGUUACAAUUAUGAAACACUAAGUUGAAAUUGAGAUCAGAAUGUAGAUACUAAAACAUCACGAUUACUGCAGACUCAGUCAAAUAUGAGGUAAAAAGUCUACAUUAUGAUAUACUAGGUCAAAAUUGACAUACUGAGUCAAACUGAGGCCAAAUGAUGAGGUAAAAAGUUGAAAUUAUGAAAUAUGUAGAAAUUUACAUAAAUACGUACGACUCAAAUCUCAAAUAUGACUUUGAUUUUUAACUUAACUUAAUAAAUAUGACUUGCGUCAUUUUCUUUUCUCAUCAUUUCAUCUCAUAAAUAUGACUUGGAAUGUCACAAUUUUGAAUUGUCAUAAUUAAGAUUUACUGAAGCAUGACUUUUAUUUUUGUCUGAAAUAACCACAACACAGAUGAACAUCUCAAAAGUGAGGAGGUCAGUAUCAUUGUCAGUUUUAGAUGCAGUCCAAGAUCCUAAUGAACAACACACAGGUGAGGUUUUUAAUGUGAGUGUAAACUGGAGUGUCUCGUUGAAUCUCUUGAAUGUUUCAGAUCUCUUCUCUCAGGGAAGCUGACUCCGUCUCUUUUAUCUUUUAUCUUCGGCUCUGAUUUCUGUGAGCAUCUCUGUCACAAUCAGUGUGUUUGUAAUCAAUGCCGCGUGUGAUUUUAUCUUUGAUUUGACCAAUGAAUGAAUAAACAUAAGGUAAGCCUCA